UCCGUCUUUCCUAUUCUGCCUUCUUCAUCAAACUUUCAAGCUCUCUCUCUCUCCCAUUUCAAUGGCAAAAGUGUACCCUCAAACAGCGCAGUCGCCGUCGUCGUCGUCGUCGUCUUCAUCGCUUUGUUACGAAACAGAAACCUUCACGAUUUGGAUGAAAUCUCUUAUUUACCACACAAAUGGCUGCACCGUCUACGAUUCCAAUGGCGACAUCGUCUACAGAGUCGAUAACUACAACAGAAAAUGUCGUCGCGAAGUUUUUCUCAUGGAUCUCAGAGGCAACGUCCUCUUCACCAUCAGAAAAAUGAAAUUUUCGAUUCUCGGAGGAUGGGAGGGAUAUCGAUGGAUCGAUUCGGAGAGAAGUACAAGCCCUAGUUUCCGAGUGAAGAAAUUGUACAGAUCAGGAUCGAGGAAUCAAUCGGUCUGUGAAAUUACUGUAGGAUUUGAGAGAUUUUCGUUGGUGAAAAUGGAUGGAAAAUUGGCUUUCAGAAUAAUGAACAUCAAUGGAGAAGUAGUUGCAGAGGCGAAAAGAAAAGUUUCUUCGAAUGGAAUUCUAUUGGGAGAUGAUGUGUUGAGUUUAAACGCAAAUUCUCAGAUUGAAAGAUCUCUGGUUAUGGCAUUGGUUUCGGUUUAUGGCUUAAUCCGUCGCCAAAUGUAAAAUUAUAUACA